GAAGAUUAUCACCGAUGCACAGCUCAUCGGACAGCUGUCAUGGCGUCAGGACUCCUUGCAACCCGCGGCACUCUAACGCUCGGACUUCACUUUCAGCAUGUAUGCCGUUCAGUUCUCGUCACACAGACCCGACAAAAGAAGCGUUGGAUGAAGGCGUACACACGUAUAAUGGAUGCCAAACUUAAACUCGACGGACCCCCACCACCGAUGCGACGCUCAGAGAAACCAAACUGGGAUUACCAUUCAGAAGUGGAAGCAUUCGGUGUCCGUUUGCAGGAGAACUUCCAGCUGGAGAGGCUAAAGACGGCCUUUGUGAACCCCUGCUAUGUGCGCUUGGAGCAGGAGAAGCGUGGGGCCCUGGGCCUAGAGACUGAGGUGGCAGCGCUGGUCCUGAAUGACAACACAGAGCUCUGCGCCCGGGGUAAGGCCUUCACGCGAGACUUCCUGUCGGACUGGUGUCGUGCCAGUUACCCUAGCCUGCCCGAUGAGGGGGUGGCUGCCGUGCUAGAUCACCUGAUGGGAUUUGAGGUUGUGUGUCGUGUGGCACAGAACCUCGGCGUGGAGGACCUGACGAUGAGCGCCGAGUUCCCUGUGCCUGACGAGGUUCUGUAUGGGACGUUCUGCGCCACGGUGGCAGUGUUGGAGGAGAGCAGCGGGCCUCACAGAGCAGGACUUUUCCUCAGGGAUUUCCUGACCACGCAGCUGAUUGGCAAGGAUCUGUUUGACAUGUGGUCAGUGGUGAACCCCAUGGGCCUGCUGGUGGAGGAGUGUGCCCGCCGAGGGCUGCCACUUCCUGAGCCUCGUCUCCUCCGCUCGGCCGGAGCCAGCACGGUCCUGCCACUCUUCUUUGUGGGCCUCUACACUGAUAAGAAACUCCUGGCAGAGGGACCAGGUGAGACGCUGCUAGCGGCAGAGGAGGAAGCAGCCCGCGUGGGUCUGAAGAAGCUCUACGGCUACACAGAGAACCAGCGGCCCCUGGACUUCAGCCCAGCCUUGCUGCAGACAUCCCAAAGCAACACACAUGCACUUAGUAGUGGUUAGAGGGCUCACUCACAAACAAUCAGUGCUCCCAUCACUAGUGGGAUGACUUCCAACCCAUUUCUAAAAAAAACAACAACAAGAAAUCAUAUUCUCUUGACCAGCUAAAUCAGAUGUUUGAGUUCUGGGGAUAUGAUAUCCAACAGCUAACACCAGAGGGAAUGAAAAGGACAGGACAGGACAGAGAAAUUGAGCUGUCACAGACACACAUACACACACACACAUCCCCUGAUGUAAUCAGGGCAUCUCAUUGGAUGUUCUUGCUAUGUCUUUUUUUUUUUUUUGUCUAUCGUCGCAAAUGUAUUAUUGAUACUCAUGCAAAAUAUUCAUGAAUAAUAAAAUAGGUAUUUCAGAAAGAA